AGCGAGAGAGAGCAAGAGAGAGAGAGAGAGAAGAGAGAGAGAGAGGCGCGCGCGAAUUCACUAAGCAAAGUGUUGUUGGUGAGGAUUCUCCAAAUGGAUGGAACGAAACCAGCUAUGGAGGCGACGAGCGAGGAGAAUCAGGAUGAAAGGGAGGAGAGCAAAGGUUGCUUGGACUGCUGCAUUAAAUGUCUGGGAGGUGUGCCGUACGCCUCACUGGUGGCCACCAUCCUGUGCUUCUCAGGCGUGGCUCUGUUCUGCGGAUGCGGGCAUGUGGCACUGACGAGCACCAUGACAAUGCUGGAGAACCACUUCUCCCACAUCACAGCCGACCAUGCCACUCUCGGUGACGUUGUUCAGAUUCUGCAGUACAUCAUCUAUGGCAUUGCCUCUUUCUUCUUCCUGUACGGCAUCAUCCUGCUGGCUGAGGGCUUUUACACCACCAGUGCAGUCAAAGAAAUGCACAGCGAGUUCAAGACCACUGUGUGUGGCCGCUGCAUCAGUGCCAUGUUUGUGUUCCUGACCUACAUCUUGGGCUUGGCUUGGCUGGGCAUAUUCGGUUUCUCCGCUGUGCCAGUCUUCCUGUUCUACAACAUGUGGACCACAUGCGCCGCCAUGAAGUCUCCCAUCGCUAACCUCACCUCUAUUGACAACAUCUGUGUGGAUGUGAGGCAGUAUGGAGUCAUUCCCUGGAAUGCAGAUCCUGGGAAAGCAUGUGGACAAACCUUGGCUGACAUUUGCAACACCAGCGAGUUCUAUUUGUCCUACCAUCUUUACAUUGUUGCGUGUGCUGGAGCUGGAGCCACUGUGAUUGCACUGGUGCACUACCUGAUGAUUUUGUCGGCAAACUGGGCGUAUCUGAAGGGCGCAUGCCAGCAGACUCACGCCUACCAGGACAUCAAGACCAAGGACGACGGCGAGCUGCAGGACGUGCAGUCACGCUCUAAGGAGGGCCUCAACUCAUAUUCGUAAAUGAGGCAGACAUCAACUUAAUUCCACAACUAAACACACACACACACACACACACACACACACACACUCAAAACAGAGCUAACUAACAUGGCCUAGUAGUGUGCUACAGCAACAGUGUGUUAUAUAGCAGUUAUGACCGCGAUACAGCGUCAGUUGUUGGUUUUACAGUCAUAUAUGACAGUCAUAAGAUGUGUUUUUACUCCAUGUUGGUAAGUUAGAUGGUAUGGAAAUGCAUGCAUGAUAUUCAGAAUAAUUUGUAAUUAUUUCUGUGCUUUUUGUUAGCGACCAGUGGCUAAAACCGAAAGUGAAAAUUCCAGGUUACGACUGUUGACACUGUUGACGUAACACACAACCUCACAGCACUUACUGUCUGCACUAACAUGCUACAGACAUUUUGCAGGAACUGAGUGAACGUGUAUGAAUGUUGUUGUUUUUUUAAUACUUAAUAACGUAUGACUGGUUUAAUAUGAAACUUCUCUGAUCUCUUUCUCUCUCGCUCUUGGUUAAUGGUUUCCUAAACAGCUUUUUUUACUACUAACAUUUUUUGUUUUUUUUGUGGUUUGUUUUCUUUUUUAUACUGGUACUUGAGACCACGGAUAGAAAAAUGGUAGAUGCCGCAUUAGCCGUUGCUGCUAGAUUUAGUAUGAAGUCUGGGUCUGCUUGCUUGCAGUGUAAAAUUAAUGGAGUGAAACUGACAGCAAGAUGGUGGUAGGGGUUGUUGUAGAUUGGAUAUAAACAAAAAUUAGCCCUGCCUGUCUCAAGCAAAUAUUCGAUUAAAUUAGCACCAAUUAUUAAAAUGGACAGUAAUAAAAAUAAUAAUAAUAAUGUAUGUCUCAAUUGACAGUAGAAACAUCAAUGAUAAAAUAUUUUAAAUUAAAGUUACAUUAAAACCCAUUACAUAUACACUAAUGGAAAAAAAAACCUACAACGAUAUGAAUCUAUAAAUUUUCACAUGUUAAGGAAACUUCUGAUACUGAGCACAAACUGUUCGGAUUGUUACUCUGCUUGGACUUUCAUUAUUUUUUAAAUUAGACAUAUUCCACCUUAAUCAGGCCUCAAAAUAUAUAUCUUUUUCAGUCCACAUCAACUCUGAUGUCUUGUAUAUGAUAGAAAAAGUUUUUUUUAGACAUAAUGAGAUUAGGCCAUUGAUCACUGGUUUUUCAAUUUACACAAAACCACAGUUUUCUCUGAAUUCCACUUUCUCUGAAUUGUACAACAUAUCAAUAUUUUUAAAAAAAAUUAAUAAUGUGAUUCCCAAAACCCAAAUCAAGUCAAUAAACUAAACCUAAAAAUCAUAGAAAGUGGAAGCUCAGCUUUUACGUCUAGCUCAGCAUUAAGCAUGAGGCAUUUAGCGUUUUUAUAUCUGUGCUUGAUAUGUUGCACUAUUCUGACAUGAAACACUCAUAUAUUUAUUCACUCUUUAAGAAUUUCUCUCCUUCAAGGGAAAAGUGUGUUUUUCUGAUCAAAUGGAAUGAUUAUUCAUUGUAACCUAGUUAUCAAUAAUCUCUUAACAAACAAAUCAUCAACGAUACUGAUUCAAAAGUACAAACAAUCCGGUGCAAAUGUUGGAAUCGUGAUAAUAUGAAUAUUAGAUUUAACCUGAGAUCAACAAUGAGGGAAGUGUAUGAUUGAAGUAUGGAAUAUUAAAAAAAAAUAGGAAUAAAAAAAAAAUCAUGAGAAAAAAUAUUAUCAAAUAAAAAUAAAUCUUAAAUAAGAUUAACAAUAAACGACAUACAUAAUCAAACAGAUUAGAAAACAAACACUGCAUGUGAACAUAAAGGAAGAAAGAACGAUUUCCAGGUGGCUGUGUUUUCCUCCCAAACUGUAAAUGUUCAUCCAGGAGUGAAGAUCACAUUCCCCUUGCAACGACCAGCACAGAAACGAGUGUUAAAUAUUAAAAUCAUGUGACAUCAUGUGACAUUUCUGGUAAAGAGUGAGACCAACAUGUGUAAAAUGUCUCAUAGUGAUGAAUAGUGUUAAAAAUAAAAUAAAAACAAAACAAAAAAAAAGAAUUUCACUUGCUGGUCCUCCCGCCUGUUUCCCCCUGAGAAUAUUUCACUUUUCUAAAUAUGCUUUUGGUGGUUUUUUGCUCUCUUCUUGUGGAACGUUUCAUGGCUUGAUAUAUACCAAGUUUUGUGAUUUGAUCAGUGAUUUCUUUUCUUACGUGCAUAUGAACGUCAUCCCAAAAACUGCCCUGUACAAGUACAGAAUUUUCCAUGAUUUUAUGGUAUUUUAUAAUUGAGCCUUGCUUUCACGGCAUUUAUAUAUAAAUAUAUAUAUAUAUAUAUAUAUAUAUAUAUAUAUAUAGUAGUGUAAAUCUUUAUAUCGCUGGUUUCGAUUUUCUCUCUUACAACACGACUCUUCUUUCAGACAUCUUUUUGGAACGCAUGUUAGUGUUGUCCACUCAUACAGUGCUGAAUAUUAAAGUUUCUUGCUCCAUGUUCUGUUCUGUUUAAAGGGGACGUGACUGCAGGGAUGUGCCCAUGAAUACUUUUUUUUUGUAUAAAAAGAUGUGUGCCUGGAUGUUUUUAUCGUUCCCUCGUUAUUGCAUGAUGGAAAGAUGAUAGUCCUCUUUUUUUGCUUUCACUUUGUAGGUGAUUGUGUAGUCCACUGUUCUGAUGAAUUCUGAUAGGCGGUGUUUACCCCCCCCCCUUCUCCCAGUCAUUCCCUAAAAAAUAACUAGCCAUUGUACGUUGAUGGGAUUGUAGUCCUAGAUGUUUCAUAGUCCAUUUGAUUUGAAAAGUUUUAUGAAUCCUGUAAAGUGAUUUUUGUAACCUUCUCUAGUAAAAAUGAUAUUUUCUAUGAUCAA